CCGGAUCAGGACGAGACGUCAUACCAGGGCAGGUCGUCGCCGUGUGUAGGUUUGCGGGACGAACGGUCGCUGAGGGGGGACGUUGGGGUUGGGUUUGGGACAGACGAACACAAAAAGCCCCAGAAAACGCCCCCGCGAGUUCCGGUCCGGUAGAAAACCGGACUUCGGGGCGGAGGGUCGUCUUCGCUCGGAGACAAAACUUCGGCUCUUUCCGUAGAAGCUGAAUGUGACGUCACGUCGGGGGGAACGUCGUAGAAGUGUAUCUGCGGGUCGAACGGCCGGUUUGGUUGGGGUUCGAACAGGCGUAAAAAAAAAACAAACAAAAAAACAAGAAAAAUAGCACCGGGACGGAACCGCCCUGCUCGGGCUCGAAUGGCCCCGCCGAGGGACGACACGGCUGGGGGCGGCGGCGGGCUCUGAGGCUGCGCGCGGGCUCCCAACGGCCGCCGAGAUUUCACGAACAGCGAGAAGGAGAGGGUCGGGUCCCAAAGGAGAAAAUGAUGAUGGCGACGACGGGAAGAGCAAAGCUGCUGCAAAUGUGCUGUUUGGUGCUUCUGAUGACCGGAAGUGGCCAGAGUGGAGACUCCCAACAGACGCAGCACCUGUCCUCCUAUCAGCUGACGGUGCCUCUGCCAAUAGGAGGCCGGGCAAGGAGGGAUGCCGACGGCUCGCCGCCCGAUCAGGUGUCGUACGCCGUCAGCGUGUCGGGACGCCGGCACGUCGUCCGUCUGCAAAGGAACCGGUUGUUGCUUCCUGCGGACUUCAAAGUGUUUACAUACGCUCACGACGGAAAAAUCAUCACCGCCACGCCGGCUGUCAAGAACCACUGUCAUUAUCAGGGCUUUGUUGAGGGCAUGGAGGGAUCGUCUGUUGCCAUGAGCAUUUGUAACGGCCUCAGAGGCGUGAUGCACCUUGACGAUGACAGCUACGCCAUCGAGCCUCUAGACUCCGCCCCCGAGCAGCACCUGCUGUACCGCCUACAGGAUGUGAAAUCACAGCCUCGAGGAUGCGGGACGCCGCAUCGCCACGGCGCACGCGCGGCAUCAGCGGUGCAGGAAAUCCACCGGCGCGCCAGGGCGAAGCGAGAUAUUCUCCAUCGCACACACUACGUUGAGCUGCUGCUGGUGGUGGACAAUGACCGAUACAACAGCAUGAACCGGAACGAGAGUGCAGUAAGGGAGGAGAUGGUUCAUCUGGCCAACUUCCUAGACGCUAUCUACAUGCAGCUGAACGUGAGGGUGGUCCUGGUGGGCCUGGAGAUCUGGACCCGGCAGAACCUGAUCAGCACCGAAGGGGGCGCCGGCGAGGUGCUCGGUCGCUUCACCCAGUGGAGGGAAAAGGAACUGCUGCCUCGGCGAAGACACGACUCGGCGCAGCUCAUACUGACGAAGAGUUUUGGGGUGACAGCAGGGAUGGCGUUCGUCUCCACCGUGUGUUCAAGAAGUCACGGUGGCGGGAUUAAUGCGGUCACACUUUGCGUGCGUGUGCAGUUCACCAACGACAACGUGUUUGCCUUCGCCUCCAUCGUGGCUCACGAGCUCGGUCACAACCUCGGCAUGAACCACGACGACAGCCGCACUUGCGCGUGCCCCGAGCAAGCGUGUAUCAUGAACUCCGGAGCCACAGGGUCGCGCAACUUCAGCCGCUGCAGCGCCGACGACUUUGAGAAGAUGCUGCUGCACACGGGAGGCUGGUGUCUGCUCAACGUGCCGCGGUCCGACGAGGCCUACAGCGCCCCCUACUGCGGGAACGGCCUGCUCGACUCGGGCGAGGACUGCGACUGCGGAUCGGCGAAGGAGUGCGAGAGCGACCCCUGCUGCGAGUUCUCCACGUGCCGACUGAAGGCCGGAGCCGAGUGCGCCGACGGCGAGUGCUGCUACAACUGUCGGUUCCGGCCCGGCGGCACGGCGUGUCGCGCCAGCACGGACGAGUGCGACUUGCCCGAGUUCUGCAACGGCUCCUCGUCCCUCUGUCGGAGCGACGUCUUCGUGCAGAACGGUCAUCCGUGUCGGAAUGGGCAGGCGUACUGUUACAACGGCCGCUGUCAGCAUGCCGGAGACCAGUGCAGGAGCAUCUUUGGAGCAAAAGCCGAGAUGGCGCCGGAGAUCUGCUUCAAAGACGUCAACAGCAAAGGCGAUCGCUUCGGGAACUGCGGAUACCAAAACUCCGGGUACAAAAAGUGUGAGAGCAGAAACGCUUUGUGCGGCAAGCUGCAGUGCGCCAACGUGCAGGGCGUCAAAGCGUUCGGCGUGCAGCCGUCCAUCAUCAGCACGCCCAUAGGGGGCGACGUGUGCUCCGGGGUGGACUUCAUGCUGGGCUCGGACGUGCCCGACCCCGGCAUGGUCAACGAGGGCACCCGCUGCGGUCCCGACAAGGUGUGUCUGAACUUUGAGUGUCGCAACGUGGACGUCCUCAACUUUGACUGCGACGACGCCCACAACAAGUGCCACGGCCACGGAGUGUGCAACAACAACCGUAACUGUCACUGCGAGGCCGGCUGGGCUCCGCCCUUCUGUGAACUGGCGGGUUACGGGGGGAGCGUGGACAGCGGGCCCACCUGGAACGACCGAGACCAUUCGCUGAGGGACGGUCUGCUGGUGUUCUUCUUCCUGCUGGACCCUGCGGCCGCGUUGGCCGCCUUGGCCGUCCUGCGCAGGGAGCGGCUGCUGCGGCGCCUGGGCCUGACACGCAGGGGGCGCUCUCGGGCCUACCGGCCCGACGGAGCGGCGUCGGCCGAUCCCGGCGGAGGACCGCCUCCUGGGGCUCAGCCGCCUCUCGUUGCCCGUGGCGACGCCAGCAACAUCCUCAGAGACCCGCAUCACAGUCAGCUUCUGCCGCCUCGUGAGGCGGAGGAGACGAGCAGGAGCGCUACCUCGUUCGCUGUGAGGCCACCGCCGCCGCCUCUAAAACCGAAACCGUGCGGCACGGCGAAGCCUCUGAUGCCCCAAAGACCCGCCCCUCCGCCGCCCGUGUAACCGCCUUCCGUACCAGGAUUCCACACUUCCUCCUCCAGGCUACGUCCCACCCACUCACCCCCGUUGCCUAGCGACGGCCAGGAAGCAGGAAACCGGACUCUGGCGGAUCCGCACCCGGGAAGAACUUGUCACAAACCGUACAAUCAGAUCAAAAUCAGAUCAGAAUCAUCUUUAUUUGUCAAGUAUGUCCAAAACACACAAGGAAUUUGUCUUCAGGAGUUGGAGCCGCUCUAGUACAACAGACAAUCAAUUUACAGAACACUUUGGAGACAGAAAGACAAAAAAACAAUUGUGCAAAAAGAUGCAGAGUCCUCUAGCACUUAGAGCAGUUCGAACGACUAAUAUUGCAAUAGUCCGGCGCAAUGACCGUUGUGCAAAGGGCGCCGAGACUUCAAGGAGCGUAUGCGGUUUAAAGUGACGAGUCGUACGAUCAUCUGGGACAAUGUCGGUUGUGCAAAUGUUACAGAUACUCCUCAAUCAGUGUGCAAAUGGAGCAGAUGCUACUCUGGCACGAGUGGCCGGUAUAUGCAAAUAGUGCAGCGUGGCGAGACAACGACAGUGAGUGCACGAGUCAUACGUAAUUGGCCCCACACAAAUGUGACAACGAACUCAAGUCAAAAAAUUGCCAGCUUGUUGUAAUGGAAUUAUAGGUUAGGUGUUUAAGAAGUUGAUCGCAAGAGGGAAGAAGCUGUUGGAAUGUCUACUAGUUCUAGUUUGCAUUGAUCGGUAGCGCCUGUGAUUAUUGUAAGCGUCGGCGCCGUUGAGCAUGCUGGCUAAUUAGCGUUUGCUGGUUAACGGCCAAUAGCGAGGCGUGCCUGAGCGUUGCUACUCUCAGAUAGGCUGCUUUGAAGACAGCGAGACCACUACCGCAGGAAGCGCCUCCUGCGUGAUUUUUUGUUUUUAUUUGUUUUACGGCUGCGCUCCCGACCCGCUACGGACCGUCUGUACCGCUCCGUGGGGCGUUUGGCACCGGGUCGCGAGGAGAGACCGGAGAAAAAAAUGGUUUGAAAUUCAGAUGCCUGCGCCGAAGCGCUCGUCUCGGUCACAAAAUACGCCGGUGAAAAAAGCUCACAGGCGAGCAAAAAUGGGGGGAAAAAACAAAAAGCGACUUCGGAGAAACAAAAGAAAGCUGGCCUUCUUCAGUUUCGGGGAUUCAAAUCAAGGCUCCGAAAAUGGAUGGAAUUGUAAUCCGUUUGUUUACUGGGAGAACAUAUGGCGUGAAAUGAAGGUUGCCUCGGGAAGCUGACACGAUCGCAAUCUUAGUUCAAUUUGGAAAAAACACUCAGGAUUUGUUGUGAAUUCCUGUUGACGCCUCCAUUCCAAACUGAGAAAACGAAUCCGGAUGGAAUGCAAUUAGUUCUCUGACUUUGAGAAAUGUUAGCGCAGUUGUGAAGUCGCGGGUUCAAAUCCGGCCCGGCCUGUGCGGAGUUUGCAUGUUCUCCCCGUGCUUGCGUGGCUUUUCUCCGGGUACCGCGCUUUCCUCCCAUUCGCAUCCUAAGAAUCGAAGCGUCUGUUACGUGUGAAUGAGCGGGAACGCUCGCUUGUCUGUAUGUGCCCUGCGAUUGGCUGGCGACCGGUCCUGCGCGCACGUUGAGCUGAACCCGCGUGAGCGUAAGCGGUACGGAAAAUGGAUGCGAGUUCUUGGAAUAGUUCCACGCUCACCUCCAUUUCCAAAGUCCUCUUCCCACACAAGCACGACGACGUUUCGACCGCAACCCGGCCGUCCCGAUCGGAGAGAUCGACAACGGCGAGCGUGACCGUCAUCCUCGUCACCGUCCUCGCCGUCCUCCGUUGCCCGCCGCGGGCUCCUCGCAUCGUUAGCCACGCAUCUGCUGCCAUUGCAGCCCUUUGGGGGACUUUGACUUUGAAUCAAGCUGUCGGCUGUGAAUCGGAUCUUUCGCGCGUGUGCGUAAUUGUGCUACUUCCCCCUCCAACGAUUAAAAUGUAUUCACCGCUCGCUGAGUCUGUGAGAGGAAAAUGCUGGACUUGGGGAAAUCCGGUCACAGUCCGGUCUUCUUCUUUUUCUUCUUCUUCUUCUUCUUCUUCUUCAUCAUCGGCGGCGGCGGCAACCUUUCCUGUUUGGGUUCACGCCAUUAUGCCCCAAAACCGCCAGAAUGUGACCACAAAUGCUUUUAUUGGCCAUUUGUCCGCAAGGAACAAAGUGUUACAUUGUUGCAAAAGACGUUUUGUGUCACAUGGUUGGGCUCGGAACAACCGUCACAUGCGGUGUUGCCACGGUGACCUUGAAAAAGUAACCGAACACAGAAGCGUAUUACGUCAACUGAAAAGUCACUCUAUUCUAAUAGAAAAAGGGAGGCGCCGGAUGUCUUAUGACGUCACCGGACCCCCUUUUUUCGGAGUAACGCGUUACAGCAUCACUGGUCACAUGGCACCCGAAUGACGUCUAUUCAUAGAAAUGCUCGCUUGCCAUUGGAUGGAGGGCUUCUUGAUAUAAACGACCACACUAUUGUCUAUUAGAAAGUCACAACCUAUCGCCAUCUUUUUGGAAAGUUACGACUUUCGGUUUUAAGAAUGAAAUACGAUCUUUUUCGACCUGGAGCACAUUGAGAUCCAAUGAUGAAAACGUCAUUACAAAUCAAAUGGACAGUGUCAUUCAAUAAAACGUCUGUCGCUAUUCUUCUUGAUGGACAACAUUGUAUUAACAAUACAUUAACAUACACCUUUGUCAAUAUAACAAAUGAUAUAUAUAUAUAUACAACCAAUCCAGUUCAAUGACAACAGAAAAACAAUAAUACAUGAAUAAAUUGUUGAAGUUUUAAAUGGAUAUCAAUCCAUAAUUAUUUGAAAUUUCAAAUAAUUAUGGAUUUCAAUCAAAAAUAAUUUCAAUAACGGAGUUGAUUUUAGGAAUUCCGAUUUGUGAAUACGAAACUUACCUAACAAUAUAGACGAGUUAAUAAUAUGACUCAGUUUGUUAUCUUUUGACUCAUAAAAUGUCAUGUUUUCUUUUUCGAGCGUAAUUCUACAUUUUGUUUUGCGUAAAAUGUAUUUGUCAAUGUAGCAUUAAAAGGACAAUCUUGAGAUAAAUGAG